AGCAGCUCUCGCCACAGGUCUUUGGAGCGCUUCACCAUUUGCAGUCAAGCGCACUGGGUGAGGAACGAUAGAGUACAGUAAGUAGAUAGAUAGUGGGAUAGACGAGGUAAAGCAAGCCAACUUGGUCGCUCGCCUGCCUGCAUUCCUUAUCAAACCGAAACCUAUCCGCCGCGGUACAAGUCCAUGUUUGAAUCGCCGCAGCUCAGAAAGAACACGCACAUUUUGAGAUAAAGUACAUAUCGCGCAGGCGGAUCCUAUCAAGCGAAGGAGCAACCGUGAGAGAAGCACGAGAUACGGAGACAUGGCUGCGACAACCUGUACACGAUUCACGGACGAUUUUCAGCUAUACGAAGAGCUGGGAAAGGGAGCAUUUUCAGUGGUGCGCAGAUGUGUCAAGCUGUGUACUGGACAGGAAUAUGCCGCCAAAAUUAUCAACACCAAAAAGCUAUCUGCAAGAGACCACCAGAAGCUAGAGAGAGAGGCCCGUAUCUGUCGCCUGCUCAAGCACUCCAACAUCGUCCGUCUCCAUGACAGUAUAUCAGAGGAAGGAUUCCACUACCUCCUGUUUGACUUGGUGACUGGAGGGGAGUUGUUUGAGGACAUCGUAGCCAGAGAGUACUACAGUGAGGCUGAUGCCAGUCAUUGUAUCACUCAGAUUCUAGACAGUGUUCAUCACAUUCACCAACAUGACAUAGUGCACAGGGACCUGAAGCCAGAGAAUCUGCUCCUAGCCAGCAAAUGCAAGAAUGCUGCCGUCAAGUUGGCCGACUUUGGCCUGGCCAUCGAGGUACAAGGAGAUCAGCAAGCCUGGUUUGGAUUUGCUGGUACACCGGGAUACCUGUCCCCUGAGGUACUGAGGAAGGAGGCAUAUGGCAAACCUGUGGACAUCUGGGCCUGCGGGGUGAUUCUGUAUAUCCUGCUAGUGGGCUACCCUCCCUUCUGGGAUGAGGACCAGCACAAACUGUACCAACAGAUCAAAGCCGGGGCAUACGAUUUUCCCUCUCCAGAGUGGGACACAGUCACUCCAGAAGCUAAGAACCUGAUUAACCAGAUGUUGACCAUCAACCCUGCCAAGAGGAUCACCGCCCAGGAGGCCCUCAAACACCCAUGGGUCUGCCAACGUUCUACAGUGGCGUCCAUGAUGCACAGACAGGAGACAGUGGAGUGCCUGAAGAAAUUCAACGCCAGGAGGAAACUCAAGGGGGCCGUCCUCACUGCUAUGCUGGUUUCCCGGAACUUCUCUGUGGGCGCUCGUUCCACCACCGCUCCAAUCAGUGUCAGUGCAGCAGCGGCAGCAGCGGCGGCAGCGGGCACCACCGGUGGGCUGGUGGAACAAGCAGCCAAGAGUUUGCUCAACAAGAAGGCAGAUGUCAAGCCCCAGACACCACAGACAAACAGCACCAAAAACAGCAUAGUCACCAGCCCCAAAGGAAACGUCCCUACUCCUGUUCUGGAGGCUCAGACCACUGUUAUCCAUAAUCCAAUGGAUGGAACUAAGGAAUCAACUGACAGCAGUACCACUGUGGAGGAUGAGGAUGUGAAAGCACGUAAACAAGACAUCAUUAAGAUCACUGAACAGCUGAUCCAGGCUGUCAACAAUGGAGACUUUGAGGCAUACGCUAAGAUCUGUGAUCCUGGUCUGACCUCCUUUGAGCCCGAGGCCCUGGGAAACCUGGUGGAGGGAAUGGACUUCCACAGAUUCUAUUUUGAGAACCUCCUGUCUAAGAACAGUAAACCUAUCCACACCACCAUCCUCAACCCCCACGUCCACCUGAUUGGAGAGGACGCCGCCUGCAUCGCCUACAUCCGCCUCACCCAAUUUGUCGACGGCCUGGGCCAUCCACGCUCCAGCCAAUCAGAGGAGACUAGGGUGUGGCACCGCCGGGACUCCAAGUGGCAGAACGUCCACUUCCACUGCUCGGGCGCCCCCGCUGCACCACUCCAGUGAUGUACGUGAGGAGGAGAAUGCCAAAGCCAUGUCUGACAAGAGUGCUCUGCUGGAGAGAGAGAGAGGGAGGGAGGGAGGGAGGCGGAGAACAUGUCCAGUGUUGGGUGGCUCUAAGCCUGCAGCACCAGACCUCUCGCACACCGGAUACCCAGCAUGCAUCUCUUCUCUACAACUACCGCCCCCUUGUCUGUCGCCGUCUGCCACUGUACCCACUGACAACACCACAUCUCAACAACCAACCAACCAACCAUCCAACAACAGCAACCCUCUUCUCACCGCAACCCCAACCCACUGUUAACUGUCAACACACGGUCAACCUACUGUCAACUCACUGUCAACCCACUGUUAACUGUCAACACACGGUCAACCUACUGUCAACUCACUGUCAACACACGGUCAACCCACUGUCAACUCACUGUCAACACACGGUCAACCCACUGUCAACUCACUGUCAGCCCACUGUUAACUGUCAACACACGGUCAACCCACUGUCAACUCACUGUCAGCCCUCCCCCAAACCCAACCUCUGCGACUCUCCCCUCGCCACACACCAGUAUUUGGGCAGGGAGGGUAUUGAGGGUGUGUUAGGGGAGUAUUGGACUGUUUUGUUGUCCUCGGUGUGCGUUUGAUUCUUCCUCUUUUGUCUCGUGAUGUCCUCCUCUUCCUCUUCCCAUCUAAACCUGUGUUGUGUAACACAGCAAAUACAUGAUGUAAAGUUAAGUAAAAAUCUAUUAUUAUAAUCAUUAUUAUCAUUAUUAUUACUACUAUUACACCAUUUAAAUUGUAUCUGUAAUUGGUAUAAUUCUAAUUCUUUAUGCUAGUGGUUUCUAGAUAGAGAGAAACUAUCUUUUAAGGAAGCAUGAUGUUUUAGAUAUUUGGCUGUUUUUUAUUGUGGCUAUUAAGUGACAAAAUGAUACUGGCAGUUUUUAGUUUAAGCUUCUUGUACGUUAUUUAUUAUAUUAUACUCAGCCCAAGAUCAUGUUCAAGGGGUGUGAGGGGUGUGUUUGACGAGGUGUCAAGGGUGGAAACUGCAUCACUACUGAGGUCCUGCAGGGAGCCGUGCCCAUGGCUGUCCUCACUGAUGCCUGUUUAAUAUGUGGAGUGGACCUUAAUGGAGAGGUAACAGGCAGGCUGUUGGAAGACUAUUGUAUGUAUGUGUGGACUGGAGAGAUGUGGGCCUCUGCGAUCUGCAGGUGGAAGGUGUUUUAGCCAUGAGAUCACAUGUAGGGAAUGCAUGUGUUUAUUUUGUACACACCUUGACUCUCUGUCCUGUGGUCUCUGUAGUUGCUGCUCAUUUUAGAGUGGAGAGCUGUGACUGAGGUCUGACAGGGUAUGCAGAGGAGUGUGUGUAUGAGGGAGAGCGCCGGUUGUUGGAGUUUCCACGUGAGAGAGAGGUAAGUUAGGACAGGACGGCUUUAUUUCAGGGGUCCUUUCAGUCCUCUGCCUUCAGUCCAGGACUUAUUUUUCUUAUGAUUUAAUUAUCUUUCUAUGUAUAUUAUAUUUUCACAUUUGUAAUAUCAUCCUCAUUGACUUGUUACUAUCUAGUGUUAUUGACUUCUGUUACUACUAAUCACCGUGUUUGUGCCAAGGCCAACAGAGAUGGACAGAUGGAUUUAAACACUAUAGAUGGCUUCAUACACGCAUGUACUUUAGCAGUGAGGAUGUGUCGCUCUCUGAAGAGACAUCAACACCCAGAUUAUUUCUCUUUAACGAAUAGGAGUAAGGUUUUCUCCUGACGCCGUCCCACCAUAGUCGUUAUGCUUGCCUGUGAUUGGCUGCCUUAGGAGUCUUGUCGCUAUUGGGCAGGCAAUUUUUAGCGAAACCCUCGCAUUGGACAGUCAGGCGGUCACCCGGUUGGUUAGUCCUCAGGUUUAUAUUUAUUUAUUUUGUUGGAUAGUUUAAAGUGUAUUUACUUAGUUUCUCCUUCAGGUUCAUGUUUGAUUACUCUCUGUUGAUUUAUGGUUCCCUAGUUGAAAGUUGAAGGCUUCAUUUUAUAUGUCGCUGGAAGUGUUCCUGAGUGAUCGAGCUAACCAAACACGUGACCCCUCCUCCUCCCCCCUCCAAGAAAAACAAGAGGAAGCAGCAAAGGUGGUGUUGUGUUCUUCUUCUUGUGUUUACUAGCACUGAAAAUCUAUAUAAAAAGAAGCAUGUUUGAAAAGGGGGGAGUAUACAGUACUACACAACUACUAUUAACUAGUAUCUUAGGGGGGAGUAUACAGUACUACACAACCACUAUUAACUAGUAUCUUAGGGGGGAGUAUACAGUACUACACAACCACUAUUAACUAGUAUCUUAGGGGGGAGUAUACAGUACUACACAACUACUAUUAACUAGUAUCUUAGGGGGGAGUAUACAGUACUACACAACCACUAUUAACUAGUAUCUUAGGGGGGAGUAUACAGUACUACACAACUACUAUUAACUAGUAUCUUAGGGGGGAGUAUACAGUACUACACAACCACUAUUAACUAGUAUCUUAGGGGGGAGUAUACAGUACUACACAACUACUAUUAACUAGUAUCUUAGGGGGGAGUAUACAGUACUACACAACCACUAUUAACUAGUAUCUUAGCUGGCGUUUCUUUGCACGACGACACUAGUUUAGGUGUUUGUCCUUUCUCUUCUUCUCUUUCUAAUUUUCUACUGAAUGUUGGAAUACUAAACCUCUAUCUAUUCUCUGAGCUUUUAAAGACCAUACAACUAUUGUCUCGAGAGGAUAGAUAUCAAAGAUAGAUGAAUCCUCUCUAGGUUUCUUCCUAGGUUUUGGCCUUUCUAGGGAGUUUUUCCUAGCCACCGUGCUUCUACACCUGCAUUACUAGCUGUUUGGGGUUUUAGGCUGGGUUUCUGUACAGCACUUCGAGAUAUUAGCUGAUGUACGAAGGGCUAUAUAAAAUAAAAUUGAUUAAAAUUGAUUGAUUAUGAUAAGGCUAUAAUGAUGAUGAUGAUGAUGAAGAUGAUGAUGGUGAUGAUGAACAUGUAAUGAAGAUUCUAUAGCAUUCUUUUAUAUGGGUCUGAGUGUUAAUUAUAGCUUACUUUUCUACAGUGGAGAGAGUGCAUCAUGCAUUGAUGUCAAAGGGAGACUAAGUGAACAUUUGACCUCAGUGGGAGUUAUGAUUCAACAUAUUCUGAGAGGAACUUUACUCCAAACUAACUCAACAGGACGCAUAAAGCAUGUUCCAUUGUACAGCCACUAGAGGUCACUCUCCCGUGUAAUAAAGCACAACUAGCUGAUCUGGGGUCAGAUUAGGCUCCGGUUGUAAAUCACUGUGGCUGGUGAAGUAACUAACCUUUAAGCAAACUGUUAGUAAUCAGCUCCGAUAGACUUUAGAGGGAAGAACACACUAGAAACGAUCACACCUCUAAAUACAAAGUGCCCAGUCUACAUCAGUAGGUGAUUAUGUUAGAGGAAUUGGAAAUGUGUUUUUGGCGUAUCCUAACUCCCCCUGAGACUGGGGUCACGGACAGCCAUUAUCAAUGGCGACGAUGGCGCAAUUGGGGUUAAGUUUAUUACCCAAGGGCACAUUCACCUUGUCGGCUCCAGGAUUCAAACUAGCAACCUUUCGGUUACUGUCCCGAUGCUCUAACCACGAAGAUACCUGCAACUUCCCAAAGUUAUAUAAUAUCGCACAAUUUACACAUUCAUAUAGCUUUCACUUGUCCAUUACUUUUAGUUAACAAAAAAAACAAUCACUGCAUUUUCAUGUCCAACUUUUUAAGUGACUUCAAGCUUCUUCCAGUGUACUAAUCACUUGAUAAAUAUGAUGUAAUAUAAAUAUGUGUUAGUAUGGACUGCAGAGUUAGAGAGGAUGUGUUGUGGUCUUCAUAAAACUAUUCUACCCCCUCCCCCCUCCAUCCAUCCAGUGACUGGACCACCUGCAAUGACAACACUGAGUUAGUAUCUCUCUGUAGUAUUUAUUUAACUAUUUUCCUAGUCUCUCUGUUUAAAAACCUUAGUCAAUCAUUUCUCUCUCUAUUUUCCCUGGCUUGUUCUCUUUGUAUCAGUUUGGGUUUCUUCUGUAGAAUAUAUUUAUCCUAGAUUUCUCUACUUCUUCUGGUUAUUGAUCCGUACUUCAACAUGCUACAUGUGUUUCUCUAACUUAAGGAAAUGUGUUAAGGUGUUACAAAUAAAAAUGACAAUUUAAAUAAAGCUACACUUCUCUUUC